GGCAGGCCGAGCGGCCCCUUUGCACCACGCAGGGACUUAGGAGCCGGAGACGGGGUGGCGGUGCCUGGCCAGGGCGUAGUAAGUGAGAACAAGAGCCAGAGCGCAGUUCCUUGCAGGCUGUGUGUGCCCGGCUAUCAUCAUGGGUGAUCAAGCUCUAAGCUUCCUAAAGGACUUCCUGGCAGGUGGCAUCGCCGCCGCCGUCUCCAAGACUGCAGUCGCCCCCAUCGAGCGGGUCAAAUUGCUGCUGCAGGUCCAGCAUGCUAGCAAGCAAAUCAGUGCUGAGAAACAGUACAAAGGAAUCAUGGAUUGUGUCGUGAGAAUCCCCAAGGAGCAGGGCUUUCUCUCCUUCUGGAGGGGUAACCUGGCCAAUGUGAUUCGUUACUUCCCCACCCAAGCUCUCAACUUCGCGUUCAAGGACAAGUACAAGCAGAUCUUCCUGGGGGGUGUGGAUCGGCAUAAGCAGUUCUGGCGCUACUUUGCUGGUAACCUGGCUUCCGGUGGGGCAGCCGGGGCCACGUCCCUCUGCUUUGUCUAUCCUCUGGAUUUCGCUAGGACCAGGUUGGCCGCUGAUGUGGGCAAGGGUUCCGCUCAGCGCGAGUUCAAUGGGCUGGGCGACUGUCUUACCAAGAUCUUCAAGUCCGAUGGCCUGAAGGGGCUCUACCAGGGCUUUAGCGUCUCUGUCCAGGGCAUCAUUAUCUACAGAGCUGCCUACUUCGGAGUGUAUGAUACUGCCAAGGGUAUGUUGCCUGACCCCAAGAAUGUGCACAUUAUCGUGAGCUGGAUGAUUGCCCAGAGUGUGACUGCAGUUGCAGGGCUGGUGUCCUACCCCUUUGACACUGUUCGUCGUAGGAUGAUGAUGCAGUCUGGCCGGAAAGGGGCUGAUAUUAUGUACACGGGGACAGUUGACUGCUGGAGGAAGAUUGCAAAAGAUGAAGGAGGGAAAGCUUUCUUCAAAGGUGCCUGGUCCAAUGUAUUGAGAGGCAUGGGUGGUGCUUUUGUAUUGGUAUUGUAUGAUGAGAUCAAGAAAUAUGUCUAAUAUGAUUAAAACUCAAGUUCACUGGCUCACAGUGAACUUGGUUCACAAACAGAUCCAUUGUGUGGUUUAAUCAACUAUUCCUGGGGAAAUAAGAAGAUAGAUCUGGGAUAAAACUUAGGCCGUAAGGAAUACUUCAAGAAAAAAAAAAAGUGCUUCAUUGACCGUUCAUUAAACCACAAGUGUAUUUUGUAUUUAUUUUACACUUAAAUUACCACAGCAAAUAGAAAAUAACUUAUCAUACUUGUACAAUUAACUCAAGAACUGAUAAUCAAGAAAUAAUCGAAUGUGAAUCAUCAAUAAAGACCACUUAAUGCAUGUUCUCUAUUGAAUUCUUAUUAACUGCUAAAUGGAUUAAAAAACAAAACCUUAAAUGCA